AUGUCUAACCAGAUAGACACCUCCAAGCUGGCUCUGAUCCCCCAAGGAUCAGCCUAUGGCUUGCUCAUUGGGCUGGGCGUGCUCUUCUGCGGCGUGAUUCUGAUUGCUGUGCGCGUCCAGAAGGCCUAUCUCUCCGAAGAUUCGGGCAAAUCGGAGAUGUUCCUCGUGGCCAAUCGAUCCGUAGGAACAGGGUUAACGGCAUCGGCGGUGUUUUCAUCGUGGAUGUGGAUCAAUGAGACGGUGCUGGCCGCGGCCAUGUGCUACCGUUAUGGACUGGCAGUUCCUCUGUGGUGGGGAUCAGGCCUCUGCUUCCAGAUUGCACUGAUGGCCGCUCUGGGAGUGAUGGCCAAAAUCAGAGUCCCCUAUGCCUACACGUCGCUGGAGAUCAUCCGCAUGCGAUAUGGCAAGAUCGGGCAUCUGGUCUUUAUUGUGCUGAACCUCACCAAUAACGUCUUUGGGUGCGCCUCGAUGAUCAUGACGGGCUCGCAGCUGAUAUAUGGUGUUUCGGGAAUGAACUUUGUUGCGGCUACAAUUCUGAUUCCUUUGGGAGUGGUCUUGUACACUGCGGUGGGUGGUCUCAAGGCCACUUUCCUCACGGACUUUCUUCACACGGCUAUUGCCUUGAUCCUUAUCAUCUACUUCACCAUUUCCGUCCUGACUCAUUCGGCGGUCGGGGGACUGGGUGGUCUCUAUGACAAGGUUGCGGCCACGGCGGGCGAGAAUUAUGUCCCUGGAAACUACCUGGGCUCUCUGCUCACGUUCAAAUCCAAGGGUGCUAUUAUUUGGGGAUUGAUUUUAAAAUUUGGUAAUCUGGCCCUUGUGGUCAUGGAUACUGCAUUCUGGCAGAAAUCAUUUGCAACUGAAGUCAAGGCAACUGUGCCCGGAUAUAACAUUGCUGCAAUUGCUGUGUUUGGUAUUCCCUGGGGACUGGGAACCGUCAUUGGCCUGACAGCUCGGGCUUUGCAUAAUACCCCGAUUUUCCCAACAUUCCCCGGUUCCCUGACCGACGCUGAGGUUAGCAUGGGCAUGGUAAUGCCAUACACGCUUAAAGCACUUCUUGGUGACGGCGGAAUUAUCGCAUUUUUCUUCCUGCUGUUCAUGGCUCUGACCAGCACGGUGUCAUCGUCGAUGAUCGCCGUCAGCAGCAUUCUGUCCUAUGACUUGUACAAGACGUACUUGAACCCCAAAGUAUCCGACAAGAAGCUUGUGCACGUUAGCCAUCUGACGGUGGUCAUCCACGGUGUGUUCAUUACAGGUAUCUCCAUUGCCAUGAACUACGGAGGCGCCAACAUGACUUGGAUCAACUACUUGCGGCCGGUGAUCUCCUGCCCCGGGAUUAUUCCCUUAAUCCUCACAUUAUUCUGGUCACGUCAAACCAGACUGGCGGCAAUUUUGUCACCCGUGCUUGGCUUCUUCACCGGUCUAGCUAUUUGGCUAGCCACAGCGAAGUCCAUGUACGGCGCUGUCAGCAUUGAGACCACCUCAAACGAAUACCCGGCUCUGUAUGCAGCCAUUGGAUCAUUCUUCACCCCAGCUCUCUACUCGGUGAUUCUUUCGCUAUACAAGCCGCACAAAUUCGACUGGCGAGAGUUCCUCCGCAUCGAAAUUGCAGACUCCGCGCACCUGCACACAGCGUCCGACACAUCGACCCUCAACGAAAGCAGCGAGGAAGAACAAAAGGACGACCAGAAAAUGGCCCCAAGCUCUGUCAAGCCCGUCCCCGAAAACCCCCGCCCCGAAAGCACCAAUACCAAAGACCUAGAACACGUGGGUGGAGUCGGCGAGAAGACCCUAGCGAGCACCCCUGCACCCGUCUCAUCCUCGUCCACCCAGCUCAGUCUUGACGACAUCCAGCACCCGUUUGACGAGACCACUCUGCGCGAGCUGUACUGGUGGCUGAAGAUCGCCUUGAUUGUGUUUGUCGUCGUGGUGCUAGUCACCUUUGUUGCCUGGCCGCUGCCACUCUAUCGGAAUUAUAUCUUCACCAAGUCGUUCUUCUCGGGGUGGACCACCGUGGCAAUCAUCUGGCAGUUCGGAGCAUUUGGCGCCGUGGUGAUUUUCCCGCUCUACGACGGACGCCGAGAAAUCAUAACCGGGGCGAGAGGGGUGUGGAAAUCAUCGCGAGAGUUUCUGAGUAUGAAAACCCGCGGUUGA